AUUCAAGCUGACAUAUUUUCCAUAAAAUGAAUGAAAGUAAAAUUUAUAACAGAAAAUCAAUUAAAAAAUAAUUCAGUGUAAAUAAUUAUUAAAAACCAAAAUGAUUAUUCAAUUAAAAAUAGAAACAAAAUUGUUAUAAAAAAAAAUACCCACAAAACAAGUGAAAAUUGAAAUAAGUAAAUCCUUGUGGAAAGAUUUCAAAUUGAAAUAAAUGAAAUGCAAACUGAGAUUUAAACGUUCGUACAUGUUAAAAACAAAUUGAAAUGAAAGUAAUAGAAGAGAUUGUGUGAACAACAACAGCAACUAACAACAUUUCGCUACAUGGACACUUUGCUAGAGCAAAAACCGAAAGAAAAAUGAUUUCAAUUUGUAAUCUUUAAAUCAUAAAAAAAAUAAAGAAACCAAAACAGACAGUUUCCCAAACAUUAAUCCUUGGAAUUCAACAGAAAAAAAAAUUCAGAAAAAGAAACCAGCUUGUUUAACAUCAGCUUAUUUGAAUAUGAAAUUCAAUCAUUUUUAUGGAUUAACUUGUAUUAAAACUGACAGUAGCCGGAAAAUAUACUCCAUACUCCCAUGUUCACAUGAUGCAUGUUGUACAAGUACUUAAAAUACACCAUCAUCAUCAACUACAUCAUACACUUACUGUACAGUAUUGCUGCUGCAAUGAAGUCGAAAUAAAGUGAAUGUAUGGAAUGGAAUGGAACAUUCAAAAACGGUGGCUAAAUUAAAUGUCAACAAGAUAUCAUCUGGUCAUUAUUAAUACCAUUUGUUGUUGGAACUGUUGUCGACAAGUGGUGCUAAAGUCUCCUCACACUCUUCAUUAUUCUACGUUCAUUUGGGUUGGCGCUAAAGAAAAGUGAAAUUAGAAAAAAUCUAAAAAAAAAACAUAUAUAAAAUUUCUGGGAAUCAAGUGAUUAAACAAACUGCCGCAAAAUGGUGAAUGCUGUUAUGGAUGCUAUAGCGCUUUUAAGCUCUUUGGCAACUGAUUUGGAUAUUAUGCUAAAUGACCUAAGGUCAUCGCCGAGUUCACGUCUGAGUUCAAACUCACACCAUUUGCAUACACGUUCCACAGCCGGCUAUACGCCAUUUUCAUUAAAUAUUGGCAACAGCAGCAGUAGCAGUCACAAUACAACAACAAAUCAAAGCAACAGCUAUUUGCAAAAUGCUGCAAUACAUAAUAGUGCCACCAGUAAUUAUCCAGGGAGCAAUGAACAAAAAAUCAAUAGAGAUGAAUUUGGAGGCAGUGAAUGCAGCAGCAAUGAUUACAACGACUACAAUGAGUAUCGAACAAAUCACAGGCAACUGCAACAGCAGGAGACACAACAGCAACAACAGCAGCUAAACAAAGAUAAUCAAACAUCAGCAUCAUUAUUAGUGACAGUGAAACAAGAAAAACUUAAUCAAACUUUAAGUGCAAAUUGUAAUCAACAGCAACAACAUUUCAAUCAAAAUCUAACAGACAAUGGCAACUAUAACAAGUGCCGGCAGCAGCAACAGCAACAACAACACAGAUAUAGUGAUAGUAACAAUAACAACAAUAAUGGUGUUGCCAGCACAAGUGUGGGGAAAAAUAAUACAACAACCGGAAGCCUUGCCAAUAGCACGGAUAUAACAGCAACAACAACAAAAGCAACUACAACUAGUUGUACACCAUCCUCGUCGUCGUCAUCUUCUUCAUUCCAGGGAUUUUCAACAGAUGUUACUCGCAUUUCCAAACUACCAUUGUAUACGUAUCAGCACAAACAAUUGCAACAACCACAAACGUUGCACAUCAAGUUGCUGCAACAACAACAGGCCACAAAAGCAAUAGCCUCACAAAUCACCACCACAACGUCGGUGGCGGCCUCAACGAUGACGGUGACUACGCCAGAUAUACAACAAAAUGUGGUCAAUAAACGCACUACUACUGGCAAGAUGAAUGAUGGUAACAGCUACAAUAACUAUGGCAAGAACAACAGCGGCUGUGGCAAGAAAAAAAUUAAUUGUGGAAAUGCCACAUCUAAAGCCGCAUGCACUAGAACCACCACAACAAAUCCAUUAACGACCACUUCAUCUUCAUCUCUAGAUUUUAGAAUAAAAUCAAUAACAUCAUCAUCAACAUCCUCAGCAAUAUCAACAGCGGCUUCGACAGCCGCAACUGGUAAUUCAACUCAUAUUUAUAAAAUCAAUUCAUCAUCAUCAGCCAGCAGCAGCAGCAACAGAAAUACCAGUAGUAAUACAACAUGGUUGCAAUCAUCGUCAGCCUUAGCGUCAUCAUCAUCAGCAGCCGCGGCUGCUUCAUCAUCAAGUUUUCUCAGAUCCUCCGAUUCCUCUACAAUAACGGCAACAUCAGCCACAACAAUUGCCACACAUCACACAGCAACAGGAGCUUUGUUGCAUCAACAGCAACAAAAUCAAUUUCAAACAAAUUUAACAAAUAGUACAGCGACUUCAUCAUCAACAACAACAGCCUCCUCCUUAAAUAAUCAUCAUCAUAACAACAACAAUAAUAGCAACAACAACAACAUAAGCAGCAGCAGCUUAAACAACCAUCAACGUCUACCAUUUUGUGGUUUAGAUUCCAUUAAAGGAAGUGACAAUAAUGGUGGUGAUGGAAUUGCUGGUGGCAGCGGCUGCUUGAUGGGUGGUGGCGGCGGAGGCGGCAAAACAAAUUUAAGUUUCGAUUUAAACGGCAGCAUUAGCUCUCAUACACACAUGGGUAUGCACACAAUGAUUCACGGUGGCAUGCCCCUCGAUAAUGCUUCGGAACAGUUUCAUUCGUUGGAUGCCAAUGAUAGUUCAUGCUGUGGCGAUGGACAAUUUGAAGAUGAUAUGCAGGCGUUAUUGCCAAAAUGUUCACGUCUAUCGAGAGAUGAAUUAAGUCAGGUGAGGUUUCCUAAAAAAUAUCAAAAAAUCUACUUAUACCAAAUAAAAAUACAAUCCCGUACAUCUCUGGUGUCUAGUUCAGAUGGUGGCAUAUUGGCUGAGGGUGAAACCUCAAGUGAAACGUCACGGGGUUCGGAUGAUUCACCACCAUGCGAUUUAAGUCUGGUCGAACGUUUGCUGUUGACACAUCCAGUGUGGUUUUUACCCGGCAUUCAACGUUCUGGAGCUGUGCAUUUUUUGCAAGGCAAAGAGGAGGGGAACUUCAUUGUACGAGGUUCCAGUCAACCAAACACAAUGGCAGUAUCGGUGCGUUUGCCACCAGACUCUGGGCCCUACAUAGAACACUAUCUCAUACAGUCUAAUGAAGGCAUUUUGUGCUUGGAAAGUUCUCGUUUUAAAUUCGAUUCCAUACCCUCGUUAAUAGCCCAUUAUGCCCAGUGUUGUGAUGAAUUACCCGUACAAUUGGUUUUACCAAGAGCCUUGCGCGAAGCCAAAAAUCGUCAGCAGCUGUCAUCGUUGGCGCUGUUGGGUCAAGAGUUUUGGCGUUAUCCUAUGUCGAGUCCCAAGCAAAACGAACAAGAGGCUAAUUUCUUAGAUGCCAAAUCACCAAAUUCCAUGACCGAAACAAGUGGUUUGGGCACCACCAUUUUUAGUAAUUCCGGCAAUUCGAAUUCUGGCGGCAAUAUGCAGUCGCACAGUAAUAAACUAUUUAGUCCCAUUACCAAUGUAACUGGCCUAUUUAGCCCCGGCACUCCUUCGGAUACAACCAGCAGCAUGAGUUCCUUCACCACCAGUGGCGGUCAACACAUGCAACUAAUGUCUCCCGAAUCGGUGGAUUCGGUUAUUUUAACCAUGUCUCCCGUGGAAAUGAACAAUCAGCGUAAUGGUGUUUUAGGUUUAGGUGGCAAUCCCACAGAUAUUAUUAAUACUUCAACAAAUAAUUUAAGUACUUUUAAGUCCAGCAUAACGACACAACAAAAUAAUUUUAAAAAUUCUACAAAAAAUAUCAUUGAGCAGGAGAUAAGAACACAAAGGCCCAAACCGCCAAACACUUUAAAUUUGGAUCUAAGAAAACCGCCAGCUCCUCCUCUACGCUGGUCCAAACCUCUAUCACCCAACAGUCCCCUGCCGCCAGAUGUAAGUGCAGCCAAUAAUUUCACCGUUACUACAACUGUUACAUUUUCGGUGGAUAAUCCCACGACACCACAAUUUGUGGAAGUAACCACUCCAGCAGCUAAUAAUGCUUUAACCUCGGUCAUGAACUCCAACACCACGUUUCAGACCUUUUCGAAACGUCUCUCGCCCGAGGGAGAAUGUAAAGACACGUUAUCCUCACAAGGCUCAUCGACCGGCAGUCGACAUUGGCAAUCUCACAGCAGCAAGGAUUCCACAAAUAGUCAACGCAAAAUAUUGUCACCCUGUACACCAACUGGCAAUAUUAGUGGUAAAUCGCGCAAGUCUAAAUUGCGCAAAGAAUCGAAACACUAUCAGGAAUCGGAUAUUUUGGAGAGUCCUGAAAUCUAUUGUCGCAGCACUUUACAUGAUAAGAUCAGUGAUUAUGAGGAUUUAUGGUCACAUGAUCCUAGCGACAGAACUGGAUUGCUGACCAGUUUUAAGCCGCCAGAUGGUCAGCAAGGAAAGCGACCAGAUCUUUUGGCUGAAACACCCACAAUUACCUCUUCCUCUACCAACAUGAAUGUAGCAACAACACCUGCCGUUUUAACUUGCCCGUCUCUGACAACAACUGCCUCGGAUUCUCUCAAUACAAACGAGACUACAUCUGAUACUCAACAAUUGCUCAAAUUUUCCGAAGAGUCUAAACCUCGCUCUAGAGCUGGUCUUAUCUUGCCAGGCCUAAUGAGUCAAUCGCUAUCCGAGGAUCCCGUUUUCAAGGGGGAAACUACCGAGGGAGAUACCACACCAACCGCUCAAACACCAGUGUCGCGUAGCAAACAAGGCAGCCCCUUCUAUGCUGAACCCGCAGAUGCUCUAAAACAAGCUGGCAUUACCACGGCCAGCAUUUUGAGACGUUCACAACGUGGUCCCCUACUACCCGCUAAUCAUCGCCAUUCAGAGCCUCCUAAAGGAGGUUUUGUACGUACACCCAUGUGUCCUCUGUUGCAGCCAGCGGAAAUCGAAAAAAUUGCCGGCAGUCUAGAUGAGUUGAAAAAGAAACAACAGCAAUCUCAAUUGGCCCAGCCACAACAGCAGCCCACAAAGCGAGCCAGAGGACGUUUCGAACAAUGGCAGCUUGAUAGUAGUUGGGAGUUUAUGGGUAAAGCUGAUGAAAAUGAAGCCGACUACUAUGGUGAUUAUGAUUCGGCGGAUCAGUGGAAAGAGGGCGGCAAUACAAAAGACAAUCAUAAUAAGGAAAAUUCUUUAAAUCGUGAAGCCAACAAAGAAAAUAAACAAAAACCUUUGACAAUACAUCAGAUUAUAGCAAAACGUUUGCCAGAUCUUAAUUUACCCGAACUGGUGAGAUGUUCAACUCCGCCACAGCAACAACAACAGCAGCAUCAAGCUACUCAACAAUCACAUCCAAAUUCCCACAAGCAAUCCAAUGAAUACAACGGCAGUCAAAAAUCUUUUGAUGGUCCCACUAACACUUGCAGACUCUCUUCGUACGACAAUGUCGAGCGUAAUUAUGCUCUCAGCCAGUGUUUCUUCAAUGGCUUGGACUCGGCUCAAUCAGAUGAUGGUACGGUAUUCUCAGAACCUUGGGAUUCAUCACAGUGGGAUUCAUUUAUACCUCAGGACGAUACGACCAUUAAUUCCGAUACCAUACACUUGUCUAAAUGUCGUCCUGCUUUGUCAGAAGAUGAUACGAUUAUCGAAGAAUUAAGUACCAAAGAUUUAAAUAAUCAAGAUACAUUAAAACCGAAAAAGUCGAGUGGUAAACAUGCUACAAUUUUAAGAAAUCCCAGUAUACGCGAUAGAGAAAUUUUAUGUCAUCCACGAAAUAAAGUUAAUAUCUGCAAUGGCGGUCCCGGAGACACCGUACGAUCCUACACUCUCCAAUUGGCCGCCGAUCAAUGUACUACUUUUGCCCGCAACAUUGAAAAUUUCAUUUCAUGUACAAAAGAAUCUCGCGAAGCUGCACCCCAGGUGGUCAUGCGCAAUAUGCGACAAUUUAUGAACGGCAUGAAAAACUAUUUGGUCAAACAUGGCGAAGGCAAAUUCCAUCAAGAAGUCGAAACUGCUCGAUCCAGACUAAAGUCGGAUGAAUUUUUGAAUUUGGAUGCCAUUCUAGAGACUGUGAUGCAUCAAUUGGUUGUGCUGCCACUACGAGAACAUUUGUAUGGCAUGUUUGUGGACUACUACACGCGAUCGGAAGAUAUCCAGCUGUUGGCUCAAAACGUUAAAUAUGCCUGUGGUCGUUCGGCGGCUGAUUUUGGUAUAAGAACCACAGUGACCCCACCCUCUUCCACCUCAUUGCAAAUCAUAUCAAAUUUAUUAUUACGCCUGCAAGAAGCUGAAUUGCCACUGGAAAAAUUGGAAUUAUUUUUGUGUGUUAUAUCAACGAUAUUUGAUGCUACUGGCUGUCCCAGGGGACAACAGUUGGGAGCAGAUGAUUUCUUGCCCAUUUUAGUGUAUGUUGUAGCUAAAUGUGGUUUUGUGGGAGCAGAAAUAGAAGCUGAAUUCAUGUGGGGUUUAUUGCAACCCACUCUGUUGAAUGGAGAGCCGGGCUACUACUUAACGGCACUGUGUAGUGCGGUGCAUGUUUUGAAAAGUUUUAUGGCUUCGGAAAACGAAAGUGGUUCGGGAUCAUUGGAUUGGCGUUCUUCUUCCUUGCCAGCCUGCUCUUCUGUUUUGAGAGUCAUUAUACCCGAUGAAUGCAAUGGUUCUUUACAAACCCGCACCCUGCCCGUUAGACCUCAUACCACCACCCGUGAAGUAUGCCGCAUUAUUGCCCACAAAGCCCGCAUCACCAAUCCCCAAGACUAUGCCCUAUUCAAGUUGGUCGAUGGCGAGGAAACCCUGCUUAAUGAGAUUGAAUGUCCCCAGGACAUAAGAUUGGCCACCAAAGGCAAACAUUGCAUGCUGGCCUACAAACGUAUUGAUGCCAAAAUUGCUUGGCCCACUGCCACACAACCAAAUUUUAAUUAGUAAUUCUUUUCAACCAUAAAAUACAUGACUUAAUUAAACACAAAAAUAAUAAUGAAAAUAAAACUAAAGAUCUUCUUUAGAAUUUCCAGAAAUGUUUGUCUUAAUUUUAAGUUAACAAAGCGUUUGCUCAAAUUUGCUAAAUUUUUUGUAGAUCUGUAAGACUUUUUAAGUUUAAGUUGUACUAAAAAACAGUAUUUAAAAUAAGUUUUAACCAGAAAAACAAAAUUAUUUCGUAUAGAAAUGAAAGAAUCCAAUUUCUCUAAAGUUCCGAGAUGAACACUGUAAAUUUUUUUUCCAUAAGUCUAAAAUCUAACAAAAAUUUAAACAAAAAUAUCAUUAAUAUUUGAAAAAUAUUAAAAAAAACCCAAAAACAAACCCGAAGUCAAAACGAACAUAAAUAAUAAUAAAUAAUUUCUAAACAAAACUCUUAAAACUUUUUUGUAUAUUAUUUUUUCAGUUUCAGAAAUUCGCGUUUAAAAAAAUGUUUAAUUUUGCAAAAUUCUUUAAAGUUUAUGCUUUGUAUAAAGACUGUUUCGAUUGUUAGUUUUGUUUCCUUAAAGUUGUCUUCUUUUUUUUAAUUGUACAAAAAAAUAUUAAAUUUUAAUUUUAACAUUAACAUUUUUAAAUAUAAGUUGUAUUAUUUUUUGUUUUUAUUACUUUUAUUUGUUAUUUUUAUAUUUCUUUUAUACUGUCUUGCCUACAAUUGUUUCUUUACUCGUUCUUUUCUCGUUGUAAUAUUAUUUCUGCUGUCUCAUAUUCUAGUUUAAUUAUUUAAUAUUAAAUAUAAUCGAAUAAAUACUUUAAAAAUCAUGUAUCGAAUACAAAAAAAAAAUCAUGUUUUUUUCUUCUUUUUAAAAUGCCAACCAAACGAGCGAGCAAUCAUUAUUUGUGUAUAUUUAAAAAAUAUCAUUCAUACUCAUACUCGUAUUCAAUUUCAAAAUUUGAAUUUCAAUCAUUCAUUUUCAUCCAUUUAAAUUAAUAAAUUAAUUAAACAUUAUAUUAUACAUAUAUUAUACAUAUUUAAUCAAAUGUAUACAUACUUAUUUAAUCAAAUAAUUUAAUCGAUAAUUAUUCUUAAUAAUUUUGUCAUAAAAGCAAAACAAAAAAAUUCAAAAUCAUAUAAAUUAAAUAACAACAAUAAUAACAUGAAAAAAUAAUAAUAAAAACAAAUAAAUUUUUAAAAACUCAUGUAACCACAUACAAAAAAUA